ACUGAUAUCAUACAUGUGUCCGGAGGCAGAGCAGAGGCAGAGCACUGUGAGGCGGAGCCGUCCAUCCAUCCAUCCAACGCGGCCGACAGUCGGGCGGGAAUGUCGAUUGCAAAGAAGCUGAUGGGCUUACUUCUCCACAGUAGCGUCUGACUACGGUGUUCUGUAAUCUGACCAAAGUUAUUUUGCAUCUGGCUUUGUUCAGCUGGUUCGUCCCGAACGAUCAACAGUCCUACGUAAUGCCGCCGCAGCUUAGAAAGCGUCUCCUGCAACCGGAGAAGCAGCCCCAGAGCUGUCCGGCCAGCACGGAAGCCAACAACUGGGCAAGGCUUCGCCGGUAUGCGGCCUACCUCGAGCGCCAGGUUCCAGGAAUUCCACGAGCGAAGGAGAUUUUCUUGGAGCUCAAGGACAUGAGUUUUCGCUUCAUGGAUGACUUCUUUGCAGUCUGCACAGAGACCAGUGUGCAACCCUGUCAUCUAGUAGACAGGUUUGACUUCUGGAACAGUUUCUUGCAAGAGAUGAACAUGGAGCUGUCAGAAAAGGAAGCUGGAAGAUUUGGCCUACAUUACGCAGCUGUGUGGAACAUGCCAGACGAGAGAAGACGGUCCUACUUUUUGUUGCACUGGCUCCUCAAGCAGCAUUGCUGCAUAAAGACUCUUUGGAUUGAGCACUCUUUCGCACCCGAGUACCUGCAUCUUCUUUGCGACGCUCUGCACCUCAACUGUGGACUCGAAGAACUGGUGCUGAGGUGCAAGAUGGAUGGUGAAGCACUUAAGAUUCUCAUACCAGCUGUCAGUACUUCGCUGAAAAGUCUCGUGAGGCUAGAAAUGAGUUCUUUCAGGACUCCUGAAUGUGCACUAGAUUCAUUGGGAGCAGCUUUACAGAAGGCUUCCGGACUGGCAUCCCUAGAUUUACAUGGUAUCUGCAUGGACGUUCACAAUGCCGAGUUGCUGCUAAGCGGGCUGGCCACCUGCCCCAGCCUUGUGGAACUUUCUGUCCAAGACUACUUCCUUCUUCCUAGGGAGGGUGCAGUCCUUGCAGAGUUUGUUGCAGAGAGCAGUGCCUUGAAGCAGUUCCGCUUGACAUGUGCUGUAUGUUUUCAGAUGAAGCCACUCGAGACCUUUCUCAAGGGAUUGGCAUCUAAUCGCAACCUCGAAGAACUGCGUCUGCUUGGCUUUGACCUGGAGAAGCCCACAACAGACUUGCUUGUCGAAGCAGCUGCAAACCAUAGCGCCCUGAAGAUCCUGGAUGUUGGCUGUUCUGAUGAGUUAAUAGAUGGAGGUUCCUUUGCCAAGCUUGUAGCACGCAACACUGGUCUUCGUGAGCUUAUGUUAAUUGGCAGUGAUACCAGGUGCGUUGCUGCAUUUUCUGGGGCCAUUCUCAAGAACACCAGGCUGCAGAAACUGCAGCUGAGCCUGAUUGGUAUGAAGAUUGACAACUACAGGGAGUUGCUUGAGGCCCUUUCUUGUAACCUGUCGCUUCAGGAGCUUGACUUUGACUAUGUCCCAGAUGUCUUUUUGGGAGACCUCUGCCAACUUGUGCAGGAGACGGGAAAUCGGGGCAGGGUUAAGAUUCAAGCUGACUUUGAGCAUGUCCAGGUGCUUACAGAUGCCGUGAAGAAGUGCUCUGCACUGACGCAGAUGUCAUAUUCACCCGAACGUGACGGGCCCCCCUUGCCCCGCAAUGCGUUCAGUGAACUGAUCCACUAUCAUCAACUGAUGAAGCUAAGCAUUUAUGGCCGCUACGAAACAAUAGAAAGCGAGUGCCUCAGCGACCUGGCUCUCUUCCUGUCAAGGACCACGACUCUGAAGGAAGCCUACCUCCACUUCCGUACAGCAGGUGCGUCCAGCGGAGUCCUUCUGGAAGCAGUCCUUCGAAACCGGAGCCUCUCUAAGCUGUGGAUCUGCGACUGGACCUUCGAGCAAGGUGAUCUACAACGACUCUGCGAUAUUGUAAGAACUAACAGGAACUUGAGGGAACUGCACCUGCACCUUACAAACUGCAGAGAAAAUUGGGUAGCCUACUCACUGGCAAAGCACAUAUACAGCAACUUAUCCUUGCUCAGAGUGACGGUUGAUGUGCACCGUUGGCACGACAGCAAGGUGGCUCAGCUGCAGAUACACAGAGCCACCCAGCGUAACUCAUUGAUGCUGCUACGUGCGGUGCAGUUUGUGACGGGGUCUCGCGGUAAACGGUAUGCCGAGGCCUUCGAGAAGAUCUUCGACUUGCCAUCCCUGGUGGAAGCUGUUCAGAAGUCUGCAAAUGAACAUGAGCAACAGGCCAAGGAGAUGGUGAAGAGCAGCAAGCGCUUCCUUGACUACAACUUCUUGGCCGCCGUCGGUGUUGUCAGAGAUGCCGUGGUGUGCGAGCCCAACGGCCAGUCCCAAUUGGAUUGCGUCGGCUUGGACAACUGGCUUCAGAUUCGGCAGUACCUCAAGGUUGCCGACAUCAAGCCGGAGCCUGUGGUGGGGUUCUAUAGGCCAAGACGUCCACAGAAGAGAAGCCGUCUUCACUGACCUCAAGCUAAGUUGCUGCUGCGUGUUCGUGCGUGCAUCCAACUACCUGGUGCCUAAGGGACAUGCCCUCUGCAUUCGCAGAGUUCUGCAGGAUGAAACCAGAUUAUCGUUAAGUUCAUUGUUACUCACUUUGUGUGAAAAAAACUAAAAAAACUGUACACCAAAGUCAGUUAAAUUAAAUUCCCAAUACAUUUUUAA